AUGGAUCAAUCAAAGAUUGUUUGCGAAGGUAACAGUUGUAGGAUUUUAGAAACUUUGCAAAGCCUUGGUUUUACUAUUAAUAGGAAAAAAUCAGUAUUGGUGCCCUGUCAGAGGAUAGUUUUCUUUGGACAUGUUAUUGACACGGUCUGUUUUAAAGUUUUCCUUACUGAUGAAAAAGUUGAAAAAAUUAUUAAAAAAGCUGGUAGUAUACUAGAAUGUGAAUUAGUUGUUGUUAGAGAACUAGCUUCUUUUAUUGGUUUGAUCGUAAGUAGCUUCAAUGCUAUUUUGGAAGCUCCUUUGCACUAUAGGGAGUUAGAAAGAGAUAAAAUUUGCGGACUAGGGUCCGAUAUGAAUUUUGAUAACAAGACUGUUCUAUCUAUUUUAGGCAGACAAGAAGUUAUUUGGUGGUUCAAUAAUGUUAAGUUAAAAAAUGGUAAGAGAAUAAGGCCUGUUACUGUAUCUAGACAUUGUAGAACUGAUGCAUCGUUUGAAGGCUAUGGGGGUAUAGACAUAGAUAAUAAUAUACAUUGUAAUGGAAGGUGGAGUUUAAGAGAAUUAAAUAAUAGUAUAAAUUAUUUGGAGCUCCUUGCUAUUUUCUAUUCUUUACAGGCUAUGUUUGCUGAAUGUAAGGAUUUACAUAUACAGGUUCAGUCAGAUAAUACGACUGCUAUAGCCUAUAUUAAUAAUUUUGGUGGUAUGGAGUCCAGAGAUUUGGAUAAUUUGUCAAAAUUAAUUUGGAAAUGGUGUUUAGAUAGAAAUGUUUAUAUUUCUGCUGUUCAUGUUCCUGGAAGAUUAAAUUCAGCAGAUUUUUAUUCCAGAAAUUUUUCGGACUCCACUGAGUGGAUGCUUAAAGAUGAUAUUUUUCAGAGGUUAUGUAAACAUACUUUUAUUCCUGAUGUCGACCUUUUUGCCUCAAGGUUAAAUAAACGUUUACCAAGAUUUGUAUCUUGGUUUCCUGAACCAGGUGCUUUAGCUGUUAAUGCAUUUGCUAUUUCUUGGAGUAAUUUCACUCCAUAUAUUUUUCCACCAUUUAACCUUAUUGGGAAGGUAAUUAAUAAGAUCAUUACAGAUGAAGUUGAUAAGGCCUUAGUAGUUAUCCCUUACUGGUUUACUCAAAGCUGGUUUCCCUUAUUAUUAGAUAUUUUAUCUGAUUUUCCUAUUAGUAUACCAAGGCAUACAGACCUAUUAGUGCUUCCGCACGACGGACAGAAACAUCCUUUGUCAAAAAGAAUGAAGAUGGUUGGUGUUGUGUUGUCAGGAAAGCGUUCAAAGAUACAGGACUUCCGGAAGAAAUUGCAGGUUUCAUAUCUAACUCAUGGUCUAAAGGUACACGUAAACAGUACACAAGUGCUUGGAGUAAGUGGUGUAUUUGGAAUUAUCUCAGAGGUUCCAAUCCACUUUGUGCCUCUACAAUAA